AAGUUGUAAACUGUUAGCCCAAAGAACGAUUUUGGAUGUUGUAGUUAGGGUUUUGCUACUGAUCUAAUGGAUCCAUGGCAGCAUUCAGCAACUAUCUUUAGCUAAUUGAUAUGGAGCAUCGAAAAUAUCAGACAACAUGUCUGGGUGGUGUAGUUGGUUAUCACGUUAGUCUCACACACUAAAGGUCCCCAGUUCGAACCUGGGCUCAGACACUUUAUUUUUGAUUUUUUAGACUUUCACCAAAGAGCAGCGAGAGAUAUUUGGGCCUGCCAGGCCCAGGUCAGCCAGAUAAAAAGAAUUUUUUGAUUUUUUAGACUUUCACCAAAGAACAGCGAGAGAUACUUGGGCCUGCCAGGCCCAAGUCAGCCAGCUAAAAAAAAUUCCGGAACGGGGAUUGAACCCGACGUGAAUCGAACACGCAACCUUCUGAUCUGGAGUCAGACGCGCUACCAUUGCGCCACGGAUCCGGUUGUUGAAGUAUUGCUCACUGGACUUAUUAGGACAAUUCGACACCCAGGUUGUCUAAAGUCUAAAAGCGAAGCAGAUUGGUUUUCCUCAUGAGAGGUUCAAUGGAAGCGGGAACUCUUCUCCGUGGUGCCAUUUAUUGGAGCUUCAGUUCCCAUUCCCAGCGUCAUCUUCUCCAGCGGGCUCGUCUCCGUAGAGAUGUUCUGGCUUCUUCCUCCAAUCCACAGUUGCAGAAAAGCUAUCAGGGGCCGAAGCCGAAGCGAGAUUUGGUUCCUGAUUGGGUGUCCAACAACGACGCCACCGUACGAAGCUUGCCUAUAUACGUUGGAGGUGCUUCUCUCGUCGCCGUCCUCGUUAAUCGUGCCGUUUCCGGUAUAGCCCCAGUUGCAGAUGCCAGUAGUUCGCAGUCAAGAGCCGAUCUACUGGCACUUGGGUUGGCUGUGACCAGUAUACUGUCUGGCCUGAUAUGGCUGACAAUCAAGCCAAAGUCUAUCUCUGUGGUGAAUCCGCUAGGUGUGGAAUGUCGGAUGAUAUCUUCUUCCCACUUACCUGACCCUUUAAUUGCGGAGUUGUUAUGGGCAUGGGAGUCUCUAUCGUCGGUUACAUGCUGCAGGUCUCUAGUGGUUGUGUAUGAUGGUACUUGUAUAUUGCAAAUUGGAGUUGCAGCUGAGUCUCCUGAUGGCGAAGCACUGGCUGUGGAUGCUGCCAGGUUGACUGAAGGUUCAGUUUAUCAAGGUGUUAUGAAGUCUGGUAGUCAGAGUUAUUUGGCAAACCUAUCUCUGUAUCCUGGGAGGUCAGAGCUGCCAUUUUUACCUUCCAACACACAGGCAGUGAUUUUACAGCCUCUUGGAGACAAAGGAAUUGUAAUUAUUGGAGGUGACAUGAUUAGGGGGUUCACAACUGCUGAUCAGUCGUGGAUUACUUAUCUAGGAGAAAAACUAGAUGCAACAAUUGCAAAACAUACUAUUAGUGGAACCCCCUUGACGAUCCAGGACAGAGUUUGAGAUCAACUGGUGUACUUAUUUUCCCUCCCACAUCAUUUAUAUGGCCCACAUUGGGCUCAAGGUAACUUCAGCUUGGUAUCUCUGAAUGGACUGAAGCACCUGCAUUCUGCCUAAGCAUUACCUUAGUAGCAUUAUCUCGUGAUUAUCUACGUAUUUUAGAUUAGGAUGUGGGAUAGAUGGCCCUCGAGAUGGCUAGAGGCAUACUGUUUUCUUAACAUCUUUACGAUGUUUCUGGAUAAGUCUAUGUCUUAUAGUACUUGAUGCUGAUGCCUUUAGAAUUAUGUUGCAUUGUUCUUUCAUAUUGCUGAACCGAGCCCCUUGGAGUGGCAUUUCCCUCUGCGUUUGAGAGAGAGAGAGAGUGAGAAUGAAAUAGAGCACUUUCUGGAAAAAAAGGAAUAUAUGAUCCAACUCGAUUGUAUGAGUGCUUCCAGAGUACUUGUUAGCUCAUUUUAAUAUUUGCUCAUUAUAGCUGGCAUUGUCUGUGAUAGUGCUUUAGCAGGUGUACAUACUUGGCCUGUACCAAUAUAAUAGAAAUUAUAGAUAAGUGAGACCAGUUACAGGGCUUCCUUUACUCGAAACCACUUAUCAAUCCCGUUGAAAUUGGGUGGUGUAUAGGGAAUACCGUACUUCCGUAUUAAUAGCUUUGCUUCAAACAUCUGAUCACUUUAGUGUCAUGAACUAGAAUUUGUGCCUUGUAGUUUACAUACCACGCAAAAUCAUUGAUGACAGUUCUGGUUUGGUUCUUAUCAGUUUCAGUAUUCUGUUUACAGGCUCUGGCAUUUUUUGCAGCUUCGAUCUUCUUUGGUGCCAGCGAUGCAAUACGCAAACCCUUUCUGCCUGCCCAUAUGCCACACUUCCCAUCUUCAAUUGGUGCUGCCUGUUGCUGUGGAUUAUCUGUACACACCUUAAUGCUUUUAUUAUAUGUAUGGCCGUGUCGAUCCUAUUUGUACAUACAUAAAUACAUUCUUAUCCUCUAUAUACUUGUUCAGUUGUCCGUUGUUCUUGACUUGGCUCUUUCUUGCAUGAUGCAAAUGGCGGGUUGGAAAACGUCCAAAGACCCAACCCUGACUCAACUUAAAUGCAC